CGGCACGGCACCCACCUUGUAAAAGCAGCAGGCCCCGUUCACCUCCAGCCACACCACCACCGCGAGCCGCACCGCAGUCCCCACCAGGCCACCACCACAAGGCAGGAGAAACACACGCACACAGAGCAAGCCGAGAGGACCGGAGGAAUCGCCAUGGGCGACAUCACGGACGCCGCCACACCCGCCGCCGACGCCCCGGCCCCGCCGCCGGCGCUGACCAAGGACAACAACCUCUUCAUGCAGAUCGCCGUCAACCCGGACGGCACGGUGACGCGGCCCGAGGUACCGCUCGUCCCGGCCUCCGAGUCCGCAGCCGCCGCCGGCCGCGCUGCCGUCUCCCGGGACGUGCCGCUCGACGCCUCGCUCGGCACGUACCUCCGCCUGUACCUGCCCAACCCCGUCCCGCCGCCGCCCUCCCCCGCCACCAGCAACAAAAACAAGCUCCCCGUCGUGCUCUUCUUCCACGGCGGCGGCUUCGUCCUCUUCUCCCCGGCCACCGUCUUCUACCAUGCCCACUGCGAGGCCAUGGCCGCCGCGGUGCCCUGCGUCGUCGCGUCCCUCGAGUACCGCCUGGCCCCGGAGCGCCGCCUCCCCGCCGCCUACGAAGACGCCGACGCCGCCCUCGCCUGGCUCCGCGGCGCCGUCGCGGGCACGGACCCCUGGCUCGCCGCGCACGGCGACCUCUCCCGCUGCUACGUCAUGGGCAGCAGCUCGGGGGGCAACAUGGCGUUCUUCGCGGGGCUCCGGGCCGCCAAGGGCGGCGCCGACCCGUCGUCGUCCCCUGCCGCCACCGCCGCCGUGCGGGGGCUCCUGCUGCACCAGCCGUACCUCGGCGGCGUCGAGCGGACACCCUCCGAGGCCGGCUCCGAGGACGACGCCAUGCUGCCGCUGGAGGCCAACGACAAGCUCUGGAGCCUCGCGCUGCCCGUGGGCGCGGACCGGGACCACGAGUUCUGCAACCCGGCCAAGGCCAUGCCGCCGGAGGCCCUCACCGGCCUGCCGCGCUGCCUGGUCACUGGCAACCGCGACGACCCGCUGAUCGAUAGGCAGCGGGAAUUCGCGCGGUGGCUGCAGGACAGCGGCGGCGUGGAGGUCGUCGUCAGGGCGGACCACCCGGGGUCCCACGCCUCCGAGCUCUUCGUGCCGGAGAGGGCCGAGGAGCUGUUCGCCGCCAUGCGCGAGUUCCUGUCCGCCGACGGCGGCGCGCGUUGACCUGGUGGCGCUCCUGUUCCGUUGAAGUGGAUCGGUGUGUAGUGUGUACGCAUGUGUGACCGUGGGCGAUAAAGGCAAUAGUUACUGUUUUUUAUGCGUCGUGCUGGAGAAAUUAUGUCAUUAAUACUGUCAUUAUCUGUAAACAGAGACCAACAUGCUUUUGGAUGUUGACCUUCUGGUUCA